AUGGCUCGUCCAGCUCCGCAAAAACCACUGCGUACCGCGCUCAUCGGGCUCUCCGCUAGUGCCGUCACCUCGUGGGCGUCAACUGCGCACCUCCCCAAUUUCCUUACGGCCACGGGAAGGUCUAAGUUCACAAUCACCGCGCUCCUGAAUUCUUCGACCGAGGCCGCACAAGAAGCAAUCAAAACAUACGACCUCUCCUUAGCGACGAAGCCGUAUGGGAACCCAAGUGAUUUAGCCAAGGAUCCGGAGGUGGAUUUCGUGGUUUGCAACACGCGCGUUGACAAGCAUUACGAGACAACGCUUGCGAGCAUCAAGGCAGGAAAGGAUGCCUACAUCGAGUGGCCGAUUGGAUCAGACAUUGCGCAAGCCCGGGAGCUUGUGGUGGCGUCACAAGAGUCGAAUGCGAGGGUUGCAGUUGGGCUGCAAGGAAGGUGGGCACCGCCUGUAUUGAAGCUGAAAGAAAUAGUAGAGCAAGCGGGGCUAGGAAAGAUUCUAAGUAGUGAAGUGAGAGCAUACGGAGGAACAAAUCAUCGAGGCGUGUUGCCAGUGGGAUUGAAAUACUUCGCGGAGAGGAAGGUUGGCGGGAACCCUAUCACGAUCGGGUUCGGUCAUGCAGUGAUCGACUUCGUACAAUUUGUGGUCGGAGAGCUCAUCCCAGGCACCGUGCAUACACGCUUUGAGCUUCAACGCCCCGAAAUACGAAUUCGAGACCCUAAAAGUGGAAGGAUCAUCGAGACAGUUCGCUCGGAUGUGCCUGACCUUCUCUCCUUAGAUGGUUUGUGGCCUACUGCAUCUGAGUACACAGCUGAUAAUGCGACGCUACUCUUCCAGUUCCGUCGAGGCCAGCCAUUCCCGGGCACUCCGUCGCUCGAGUGGCGCAUCAACUUCGAAGACGGCGAAGUUCGGCUUGUCUCGCCCUCGGGCAUCUCCCUGCAAGCAGCUGCAUACGAUGAGCCGGUGACCAUCCAGCUCCACCACUUCGAUACGGAGAAAGUCGAGAACAUUGAAUGGGAUUGGAACAGUUUGCAAAAAGAAGUGCCAAUCAGAGCGAGGACUGUGUUGAGUUGCUUGUACGCGUUUGCUGAUGGGGUGCGGGAAGGAUACGGUUGGGUUGGAAUCGAGGAUGCGGCGAGGCGGGCAGAGCAAAUUGAGGGCUGGUUGAAAGAGGGUGGUUGGUAG